UGAAGAUCUUGAUCACGAUGCCACGCAGGUGCUUUCUGCUCCACCUCUACAUCAUGUUACAGUGCAUCUUCUGGGUAUAGAUGUACAAUCAGUAACUCUUCUGUUACAACUUCGUUCAGACAUUUCUUACUGGUAGAACAGAAUCACGAUAAUCCAUUUGAUAAGUUAACACGCUGACCUCUGAUGAACAUAGUUUGAGAUCGCAGCAGUCGGACUGCCUUUCAUCUCGGUUUCAGUGAUGUGAUAUUGGCCGGUCUUAGAAAUACGAAAGUCUCCGAGAUGGCUGUUUAGUAUAUAUCUACGGAUUUUAUCCCUUCGGAAUCAGUAAAACAACCCCAGACGCAACAUGCAACCCAUCCCUGCAGGUUAUCCCAUUGAAGAAUUAUCUGGCCCUUUGAUCGUCGCUUGUCUCUUGCACUGGGGACUCUUCGGAACCCUUUCUGUGCAACUCUAUCUGUACUAUCUAGCAUUUCCAAAUGACAGACAAUCCACAAAAUGUCUCGUCUAUGUCAUCUACACUAUCGAAUUUGUGCAGACCCUACUUGUUGCUCACGACGAGUUUGAAACAUUCGGGAACGGCUUCGGUGAUAUUAAAAGCCUUAUCGGAAUCAGUUUUAGUUGGUUAACUGUCCCUAUCAUGAGCGCUGUCGUUGCUUGUGUCGGACAGUUCUUCUAUGCAUACCGAAUAUUCAUAUUGUCAAAGUCACGAACGAUCCCGGUAUUUGUCACUUGUGUAUCGUUGACCAGUUCUGUGGCAGGUAUAGUUACAGGUGUCUACUGUUUACAAGCAGGUGACAUCACUAAGCUCAACAACCGGAAGACAUCCAUCUCUGUCGGGAUUUGGUUGGGAGCCUCUGCCUUGUGCGAUAUCAUCAUCGCUGUCUGCAUGACCUACUAUCUUAUGCGUAGUAAUACUGGUUUUCAUCGCACCCGACUUCUGGCCACAAAGCUAAUUCGUCUCACCAUUGAAACGGGAACUGUGACAGCUGUUGUCGCCCUGCUCUGUCUUAUCCUCUUUUUUGCCCUCCCUCAUCAGACUUUCUAUGUUCCAUCAGCACUCAUUAUUCCAAAGCUGCAGGCUAAUACCGUUCUCAUGGUACUGAAUUCGCGAAUCCGAAUUUUGGGGGGACGGAAUACCUAUCUGUCUUCAACGGCUAUGGUACGAGAUAUCACCUGCCAAUCAACAGGGGGCACAAAGCCCACGGACAGGAUGCAAAGUCAUGCAGUAGUUGUCACGGUAUCUAAACAGGUUUUCAACGAUGAUCUUGAAAUGGAUCGAGUGAAGGUCAGUCAUUGUGAUCUGUAUCGUUUUAGAGCUGACUCUCCCCCAAAAGGGCAAGCCACAGGAUGAUAGUGUGAUCCUCACUGCGUAAAUGAUAGUGUUCAUUUUUUGAACUUACGCUGUGUACGGGAACCCGCCCUGAUUUCUUUUUUGUAAUAUAAACCGAAGUCAGCAAAGUGUAAACAAAACAUACCAAACGGUAGCGG